CCCCCGAGCCGCCACAGCCGCCACCGCCGAGGCUCCGGCAAAAGUUUUCGCCGGAGCAACCGAGCGCGCCGGUCUCGGUCCUCGCCGGCUCCGAGAUGCGUCCGGGAGCCGCCGCGAGCCCAGCCCCGAGAGGAUCACCCACGUGCCAGGGCCAUCACCACCAGGGUGGAGAAGCUGCUGAGGGCUGGUAGGAAGCCAGGCACCCCGCACUGCACCCCAUGCGCGUGGCCCAGAGGAGGGAUGUCCCAGCCACGUCUCCUCACCCUCCCGCUGCUGCUGCUCUGCUGCCAGGGUCCCUCUGCUCAGAUCACAGAUAUUCUCUUUGAGAAAUGGACGGAGUACAGAGAGGAGUGCCAGCACAACAUGAGUCUCCUGCCUGCGCCCACAGAGCUGGUCUGUAACCGCACCUUCGACAAGUUCUCGUGCUGGCCUGACACCGCGCCCAACAGCACGGCCAGUGUGCCCUGCCCCUGGUUCCUGCCCUGGUACCACAAAGUGAAGCACAGACACGUCUUCAAGACCUGCGGGCCAGACGGGCAGUGGGUGACGGGGCCACGGGGACAGUCCCUACGCGAUGCCACACAGUGCCAGCAGGAUGAUGAGGAGAUAAAUGCGCAGGAAAAAUUUGCAAAGACCUAUGGCAGCUUCAAGAUGAUGUACACCGUGGGUUACUCCAUGUCCCUGUGCGCGCUGCUGCUCGCCCUGGCCCUGCUGCUGGGCUUCAGCAAGCUGCACUGCAUGAGGAACUACAUCCACAUGAACCUCUUCGCCUCCUUCAUCCUGAAGGGUGUCUCCGUGCUGGUCAUUGACGCCCUGCUCAAGACCCACUACAGCGACAAGAUCGACGGCUACAGUGUGCAAGUUUGGCUGAGUGACGAGGCAGCCGCAGGCUGCAGGGCAGCCACAGUUUUCAUGCAGUACGGCAUUGUGGCCAACUACUGCUGGCUGCUGGUGGAGGGCAUCUACCUGCACAAUCUGCUCGUGGUGGCUGUCUUCUCUGAAAGGAGCUACUUCACCCUCUACCUGUGCAUUGGCUGGGGGGCACCUGUGCUGUUCCUCAUCCCGUGGGUCGUUGUGAAGUUCCUCUACGAAAACAUCCAGUGCUGGUCCACUAACAACAACAUGGGCUUCUGGUGGAUCCUUCGCUUCCCCGUGUUCCUGGCUAUCCUGAUCAACUUCUUCAUCUUCAUCCGCAUCAUCCAGAUCCUCGUCUCCAAGCUCCGCGCGCACCAGAUGCGCUACACUGACUACAAGUUCAGGCUGGCCAAGUCCACGCUGACGCUGAUCCCGCUGCUGGGCAUCCACGAGGUGGUCUUCGCCUUUGUCACGGACGAGCACGCCCAAGGCACGCUGCGCUAUGUCAAGCUCUUCUUCGACCUCUUCCUGAGCUCCUUCCAGGGGAUGCUGGUGGCCAUUCUCUACUGCUUUGUCAACAAGGAGGUGCAGGCAGAGCUGUUGAAGCGGUGGCAGCGCUGGAAGCUGGGGAGGGACCUGGCUGAGGAGUACAGGCACACCUACAGCCACGCACCCAGCGCCCGUAAUGGCGCUGGCAGUGCCUACGAGAAGCACCAGCUGGUGAGCGGCUGCACCAACGGGCUGGGGCACAGCCCAGCCCCCCACCCCGGCUCCCACCGCCCCGAGAGAAGCGGGCACAGCACCGCUGAGCACCUCGCCCUGGGAGAUCGCCACCACUGCUACGAGUUUCCUGAGACCACAGCCGAGAGCCACUUCUGAGCCCACGGCCAGGCUGGAGGGCCGUGCUGAGCCACUGGAGUGCCGCCAUCCCCUGCCCUGUCCUCCCCGGGCGCUGGCAGGCACUGGGACCUGCCGCCUUAGUGCGGGUGCUGCGCUGAGCGCAUGGACAAUGGACACAAUGAGGAAGGCGAGUGGGACCUGGACCUCUGGGGUGGGAUCUGUGGGGC